UAAAUUCAUCCAGGAUAAUUUGAAUAUCCCGGCUUAAUCCCUUGUCCUCGUUUCGUGCAACCAACAGUUGAGUCGGAUUUGUUAAGGCCUAACCCCGCCUUCCUGCGGGCAGCGCCUAUUGCUUUAUUGAGUGACCCAAACCUGAGCGCCUAAACAAAGUAAGAAAUUACUUUUACUCUUAAUUAAGCCACUUGUUUAGCGACAGUUAAAAGCAGCUGCUUAACGGUCGCGUUAACUUACCUACCACCUAAAUGUCAGGAAACGGGCUAGUCUCCAGUAUCCGGAGGUUACUAGGCGCUGAAGAGCGACUGGGGCGGAGCACUCCGAGUCCAUUUGAUCAGCUUCGCCAGCAGAUGAAUGAUGUCUUGGGAGAUGAAGGGAUCCUGAAAGAGGUGGUCCAACCCGGAGAGGGUCCAUCUGUGCCCCAAAAUGCUUCAGUAUUGAUCCAUUACUCUGGUUUCCUGGAAUAUUCUGACCUGCCUUUUGAAACCACCACACACCGCAAGUACCCCCAAAUGAUGAAGUUAGGGAGAGUUUUUGAAAUGAUCAUGCAAACAGAUGUGACGCUGGCUGGACUAGAGCUUGGUCUGUUGACCAUGAAGAAAGGAGAGUUCUCCCGUUUCCUCUUACAGCCCCAGUAUGCAUAUGGGGACAUGGGUUGUCCUCCGUUAAUUCCCGCUGCUGCAGUGGUUCUGUAUGAGGUUCAGAUCCUCGAUUUCCUCGACUCGGGACAAGUGGACGACUUCAUCGCAAUGAGUCCGGAGGAUCAGAACACAGUUCCUCUGUCCACGCUCUUCGAAGUUGUCAACACACUACGCAGCUUUGGCAACCGUUGUUUCAAGCAGAGCCGUUAUGACAACGCCAAAGAUCGCUAUAAACAGGCAACAAAGCUGCUGGGGAACAGGGAAACACAGAGCGGUGCAGAGGUGGAGGGGAUCAAGACAGCACUGCUUCCUCUCUAUCUAAACCUUUCUCUCACGGAGCUCCGUCUGGACUGCCCUCACAAAGCCCUGAAAUAUGGCAACAAAGCCUUGGAGAUAGACUCUGCCAACACAAAGGCUCUUUUCCGCUGCGGGCAGGCAUAUCUGGAGCUGCAUGAGUACGAGAGCGCCCAGGGUUGCCUCAUAACUGCUCAAGCAAAGAAGCCCUUUGACUGUGACAUUAACAACCUACUGAGGAAAGUGGCAAUAUGCUAUAAAGACAGCUUGGACAAACAGAAAGACUUGUACUCCAAGAUGUUCAGAGACUUAAGGGGCAAGUAAAGAUGAUGAAGAAGAUGAUAGUGUAAAGAACCAACCUCCAGAUCAACAGCCCAUUUCACUGCACUGCACAGCACUUCAGCAACUUUUUUUGUGUUUUUGCAUAUGUUGUGAAAAGGAAUAUUGUUGUACAGAUGCAAUGUUGAUUUCCUUUUAAAAUAGUUCUGUAGAAUUCUUCAGAUUCAGUUUGUUAUUAAUGUAGCUCAACAUUUUUGUUUUUUGGUUGAGGAUAUGUAUAAGUUGCUUUCACCUGAGUACCUAAAGGCUGGUAGAACAUUUGCUGGGGUAUUAAAUAUUUGCAUGGGUUUUGAUCACUUUUGGGGUGAUAAUGAUAAAAA